GCCGGGCCGAUCCCAUGCUCCGCCGCGCUGAGGAUCCGACUCCGUUUUUUGGGUGGAUCUGCGUUCCGGAGAUAUCUUUGUGACUUGCGCACACCAGGAGGACGCUUUCGUGUUCUGUGAGGAUGAAGACAACACCCAGGUCAUAUGCGCAUGGACAGCCAAGAGUUAAUUAACGGACCUUCCAGCGGGACAACCACACGGGUCCAUUUCAUCGGCGCAGCUCUUCGGGCCAAAAUUAGGUUGCUUAUCAGGUGACUCUGUCUUAUCAGCUGACCCGCCAUGGACGCAUUUGGACUGGAGUGAGCUCCUCCCAGCGCUUGCACCAAUCAGCACCAGCAAUUGAAGAUCUGAUAUGUAUCCCAAUCAACACGACGGCACCCCCGCUAACCAUAAUCUCACUCGGCUACCAUUCGCAUCAGCUCAUUCCAUCCUCAACUGCCCUCUUUUCUCUCUGAGUAACCUUCCGACGCGAUGCUUUCCGACCAAGGGAAACUUCAGCCCUUCAAGUGUGCAGUAUGUUUGAGGCGCUUCACCAGGAUGGAAAAUCUGAAGCGCCAUUCAAAACUACACGACGAUACAAGCGAACGACCAACUUUUCCCUGCGGCCGGUGUACUGCUACAUUUUCUCGAGCAGACCUUAGAAGACGACAUCUAGCAAGUAAACAUGGAGAGGAGAAGAGUACGAGUCGUAGUCCGAGGGAACUACCAUCUGUCUCAAGCGGUGUAAACGAGAGUCAUGAAAGGCGAGAGAGCGUUUCUGUUACGAACUUCUCACCCAUCAUCACUGCUCAGCCCAUUUCUAUAACAUCUCCUCGGCCACUACCUUCUGCUCUUGAAGCAGCACUCACAUUUGACUUUGGCGUCAAUGAGUUCUCAUCAGAUGCCACAUGGAACUCCACACAGGAGGUCGAUAAUUCUCCUUCUCGACAUACCUCGCAGUCCCAGACGUCGGCCUCUUCGAUUCCCAAUUACCAUGCCCAUUCUUCCAUUGGGAGUAUCAGCAUGACUUCUGUUGAUCUUCAAGCACGCUUAUCUCAGUCUCCUUUGUCUGCCAUUCCCCCUUCUGUUGAAGAAGCCAUUCAAAAUCCUGCAUUCAUCUUCGCAUCACUUGAAUCCUUCUUCUCGCAUGCUGCCCAUAUAUUCCCUUUCAUCCAUCGAGCUACAUUUGACGCCCGAUCAUGUCACCCAAGCCUAUUAUUUGGGAUGAUGUGUAUUGGGCUACAUAUGAAAGGAGAAGACAGUGGAGACGUUGACCAACAGAGGGCAAUUUAUUGCUAUAAGGCGGGUCUGAGGGCUUUGGAUGGAGUGAUGGAGAUUACACAAGAAAAGUCCACGGACACGCUAACGACCAUUCAAGCACAUCUGCUUUUAGAGAUGUACGCGAUAAUGGCACUGUGUGGGAGCCAUACUAUGCAGGGGCUACGAUUACACUCGCAAUGCGUUGAGCUCUCUCGGAAAGCAGGUCUGAUGGAAUCAUAUCCUACCAAACCGUCCGUCACCCAAGACCUUGACUCUCUCUGGCGCCAGUUCGUCCGUGCGGAAUCCCAUAAACGUACUCUGUACUCCCUUUACGGAUUCGAUUCCGCUUGGUACCAUUUCCUCUCUCGACCACGCUGCCUUUCCCAUCUCGAAAUUAAACAUGAGCUUCCAUGCGGCAACGACCUCUGGAACGCUUGUACACCUACUGAAUGGGCUCACCGCUCCCUCAUUGCAUCUUCCCUUUGUUCUCGCGAUGACAGCUCGUCAACAAGGAUGCGAUUCCUUGAUAUGGUUCGUGCUGCCUUUGUCAACCAGGUGGAAGACCCUCUACCUCUCCCACUUGACUCCACAGGGGCGUCACUCAUGACUCACUUUGUCCUGGCUUCUGUCAGGGAAAUGACAGGAUGGACGACCAUGACAGGCCGCUCCUGUUUUGAGCGCUUUGAAGCACUUCUCGCGUCAAUGGUAAGGCUGGAGCCGCUAGUGACCGUACAAAAUGCCAAGUUGGAGACGCCUGCGAGUGCAGCCGCGGAAGCGACUUGGAGGAUGAGCAUGAUUGAGUUAUUGUUAUGGUCUCAAAGCCAUACAGGGGGAUUGGUUGAAGAUUCCAUUGAUGCAGCUCUAGCGGCAAUAACGACAUUGGGGGCCAAUAACCCUAUCGAACUCACUGCACAGAUCAUCCAAUCAGUCGAACAACACAUCACCUGGUUCCUCCUCUACCUCCAACGCACAUCCUCUCCCACCUCUCCCUCACUUCAGUCGGAAUCGCCGCUACUUACAUUUUACCUCUUCAAGGCGACAAUCAUCGCUUGGCAGAUCGUAAAAAGUGGAGGAUCGAGUCCGUUGGAAGUCGUGGGAGUAGAGGAUGAAGAAGGGCUAUUGAAUUGGAUGAAGAAGAUGUUUAGGAUGCGCAAGAAGUGGGGGGUAGGACGUUCUGCAAUGAGAUGUCUGGGUGAUCUGCAUGUGCAGAAUGUGUUGUAAUGUUUAAAUAAAAUUUUUUACGUGUCCUAGUAUGCAGUCC